AGUGCACGUCAGAGGACUGGCGCGGCCGGCCGUAUGUGCGUACUCCGGUGCCGUUUUGACAGCUAGAAAAAAAAAUUCGCGCGUCUUCGCAACGAAACUUUUUGGUGCGUGCGGGAAGGGUCACGUGACUUUUGUGUUGUUGUUGCAUACCGAGUGCGCUGUGCGGCUGUGAAACUGUAAGUGAUGAAACAAACGCCAGCUAAUUACCAGUGACUCUGUUGCGAAAACAAUUCCACGCGCCGCUCACAAAAUUCAUUAAAGGAUUUCGCGGCAGGUGUUAGCGGGACGCCAGCAAGCUGUUUUACCCUUACCUUAAGACGUCAUCCCUUCAACGGGACUUCCUGUUUGCCAGUGGCUCCGGUUCAAACCGGGGGACUGCAGGCGACAUGAUUGACCGCUGCGCCACAGCGGCCUAUUAUAGAGAGGAGGAACAGAGAACAGACGAGUCGGGAUGCGAGGCUGAUAUGCAGGAGGGCGCUGAUGGGCGGCCCAGCCCCCGGCCGCAGCAAGAGCCCAUAAACCUCAAGAAUGAGCAGGCGGAGUCGGACCGGAGCGGCGCCAGCUCGCCGGAGGGCGGCGGCCGGGAGCCCCGCACCCCCCGCGCGCCGCGCACCCCCCACACCCCGCACCCGCGCUCGCCCGAGCCGCACAGGCACGUGAAUGGCUCCAUGGCGUCGAUGUUCCAAAACCUGCAGAACCUGGCUAACAUGCAGAACAUGCCGAUGUCCCAGCAGCAAAUGUCACAGCAGAUGUCCCAACUGGCUGCCAACCUCCAGGGCCUGACGUCUAUGCCGAACAACCCGGUCAUCAACUCCCCGCUCAAUCUGAGUGUCAGCGCACCAGGCAUGGGGUCACCAAACCCGGUGAACAACAACAUGCUACCGCCCGCCAUGCCGUCGCCGAUGCCGCAGCUGAUCCUGGCUUCGGGGCAGCUGGUGCAGGGGAUCCAGGGCGCCCAGCUCCUCAUACCCACGUCGCAGGGGAUAGCGACGCAGACGAUCCUAACGAUACCAGUAAACCACGUCAACUCCAACGACCAGAUGGUGAACCUGGCGCUCAACAACGGCCAAGUUGUGUCCACCUCGCUAGCCAACCUUCAAGCGAUGGCCCAACCCCACCAGCUCAUCAACUCCAACCAGCAGCAGAACAUAAGGCCGAACAUGCUGAACCCGACGCUUUCAAACGCGUUGCUCAAUCCAGGAUUACCAAACUUCCUGUCGAACGGCACGAACGCCCAGGAGUUGUUACAAGCGUUGCAGCAGCAGCAGCAGCAGCAGCCAUCGAACCACAACCUGCUGCAAACGGUGCAACAGAACAACAUGCCGCAACAGAUGCAGGGGAGACGGUCGUCGUCGCCCCGACCGGACAGACAUUACAAGGAGAGAGAGAAUUUCGAGAGGUUCGUGCAAGGGACCCGGGAAAGGACCGAGAGAGAAAACGUUGGAUCGGCAGCCAUGAACAGCAUCAACAGGCUCGCGGCAUCUAACGGGGAGAUCACCAUCACGACGUCCCACAGCACCGCGGGCACCACCAGCAGCGCCGGCAGCGUCGCGUCCGGCCCCACGGCGUCGCCCCACGCCGUCAAACUCUCCCCCAACUCCGUCAAGUCCACGCCCGACGAGGACCUUCUUGCUGAUUCGCCAAAUCAGCCCACCAUCAGCCAGUCCUCGGGCAACGUGGUGGACGGCAUUAACCUAGAGGACAUCAAGGAGUUUGCCAAGGCCUUCAAGCUGCGGCGACUUGGCCUGGGCCUCACGCAGACGCAGGUCGGCCAAGCCCUGUCCGUGACGGAGGGCCCGGCGUACAGUCAGAGCGCGAUUUGCAGUGCCCUGGCUUCGCAGAUGCUAGCAGCUCAGCUGUCUUCACAACAACAAAACAUAUUUGAGAAAUUGGAUAUAACACCAAAAAGUGCGCAGAAAAUCAAACCGGUGCUUGAACGUUGGAUGAAGGAGGCGGAAGAGAGGUAUGCGUCAGGACAGAACCACCUGACUGACUUCAUCGGUAUGGAGCCGAGCAAGAAGCGGAAGCGGCGGACCUCCUUCACACCACAAGCCUUGGAGCUGCUGAACGCACACUUCGAGAGGAACACGCAUCCUUCUGGCACAGAAAUCACCGGUUUGGCGCACCAGCUAGGCUACGAGCGCGAAGUCAUCAGAAUAUGGUUCUGCAACAAGCGACAAGCCCUCAAGAACACCGUACGGAUGAUGUCCAAAGGAAUGGUCUAAAUUGUAACUUAGAUAAUAGUAGGAGCCCAAUUCUAGUACCUCCGAUCGAUCCCAGGUUCGAGGUACGAGAAUAGGACCUCAUAAACUAAGACCUGCACCACGCUAGCGCGGGUAGCGACAGGUUUACUUGUGUAUACUUUUAUCGCAAAAUCAAAAUGAGGCUUGCCAUUUGGACUAUAGUUCAAGUUUUUGUUUCGUAUACACGAGCAUAGCCUAAUGUUAAAAUCAUUAUCGUCAUACUCAGAAUAUUGCUACGGUAGUAUUUCUAAAUCUCGAAAAGAUAAGAUUUUGAUACGUCGAAAUAGUAAAAAUGCUAUGCUAAACAGGCAUAGUCCUAAAAGCAGUCUAGUAAGUGCAUUUUUGGUGACCGAAUACCACAGAGCUUAAUACUAUGACUGCUAUCGCUUUUUGUUUCUGAUAAUGACGGUAAUGAUUUUAAAUAAGAAUUCAAUAGAUAACAAUGUCAAAAUGUGAAACCCGCGUUAACGACAAAAUAUUAAACCUAUAAAAAAAUCCGAGCGCCUACGCAGUCAAAAAAAUACUCUGGGCAAAAAUCGGUUUUUAUUUACGAUGGACGAAAUAAUCAAAACUUGCUAAUGAAAUCGCCGCCGCGUCCGCUCCCGCGUACGCCUUAGAUACGCGUAAGGGUCUUACCUAUGCCGAGAAUUUGAUGUCGCUCUUGAAUAAAUGUUUUCCUUUGAAUUUUUUAUCUGGCCUUACUUGAAUCAUAACUCGAUUCCAGCCAACUUUAGUAACGUAAUACGAUUUUUUUAUUAAAAUAUAAAAUGUAAAUUAAAACAUUUUGACUGAUAUAUUCGUCUCAAAGUAGAUACUUUUACAAUGUAACGGUAGCGUAAAUAGGUGUUUAGUACAAAAAUACGAGUGAUUUUCACGUAAUACUCUUUUUUAAUCGACGUUAGUGAUGUGAAACAUUCGUCGAUCGUGUUGAUUUAUCGAUAGUUUAGACAGUUCCGUUUGCUGAAUGUGGACGAGUCGGCAGAUUUUAAUUUAAGUCAAUUUAAUUGUAAAAUGCAUUUUGUAAAUAAGUACAACAUUUGAGGGGGCCCGGUGCCGGGGCCGCGGUAAUUUAUUGAUACUCCUGAGUUGUUCGUUCUCCUAGCGAAUGUUGCACUUUAUAGUUUUAGGUGAAUUAUCAGUAAUAUGGGAGUAGUUAAUGUGUCGUCGAUAUUAGUGGCCUGCGUUCUCGUGAAAGUUUCCGUUGUUAGAUAGGUUUAAAGCGAUAUGUAUAGAAUAUUAAACGCAUUGCUACACUGUAAAUAUUGUUCUCAUAAAUUAAGUUUAUUAAAUGUAUUAUUAGUUUUAUGUACCGAUAAUGAACUAUAAGUUUAGCUUCGUAAGAUUUAAGUAGGAGCGAGUUGGAUAUUUGUUGCGAAAUAUUAAUGAUUUACAAAAAAUUAUGAUGCCUCGGUUUUGUGAGCGAGUUCGUUUGAAAUGCGAUUUUUUUUUAGAAAAACAUACGUGGAACAGUAGGUCUCUUUUCGUCGGUGUGUGCAUACUAUUUGGGCGGAUAUUAAUAAAAAAACUAAUAAAUUGCCUCGCAUUUGGAAAGUAGAUUUUGAAAUAUUAUACUUUAUAUAUUUUCGAAAGAAAAAGAAACAUUAUUGUAUUUUUUAAGUAUUUAGCCGGAGGAGUAUGCAUAUUACCACUCAAAGUAUUGCUAUGAUUUGAAUGAAAAAUGAGAUUCUGACAGUGUAGAUCCGAUUUAGUUGCUUUUCAAUUUUGUUACUUUACAAUAUUUUGUUUUUUAUAAAAGCAGUUCUGCUUUUUUGUUCAUUAGUAAUUUCAUAAUCGUUAAGACCUACUGUUAACUGUAUAACUAAUAGUAAUAAGACUGUAAUUUAAAGUAUGUUAAUGACCAAUGAAAACCAACUUGUGAUCAUUAAUAUUUGUACUGUUACCUACUACUUAACAAGAGUCGUUAAAAAAUAAUAUUAUAAAAAUUAAACAUAUUUUUCGGCUGUUGAAAAAAUUGUAAAUACAAUAUUAAGGAUAAUAAAACUAUUUGGAUUAAUAUUUAGGAAACAAAGUGAAAAAAAAAUAUUAUCAAAAUUUAUAUUUUCAAAAAUUAUUACAAGUGCAAAAAAAGUGUAUUUAAAAAAAAUGAAGGAAUGUUUGGCCAUAAUCGAAAUUUAUCGAGUAGGGAUUUUUUAUCGACUACAGUACACACCACUACACACACACCAACAGUACGGUAAACAGUGAAAAAUCGUGCGGCGCGAUGUUGCCAGUAAUCCGUACUUAUAAGGAGUCAGGUCGUUCGCACUUUUGCAAUAUUAAAUCUAAUCAAAUACUGUAGGAUAUUUAUGUGUAUCGAUAUCGAUCCCGAGCGUCACUAGUGCUCGUCUACGCGAAGGACCUGAGUCCCAACAAACACUAGUGUAAUAACCCAGCGUAAUGCUAAGUACAAAUAUAAUUAUUUAACUAUAAACUGCUAGUCCCGUUGUUGAUAACGAUUAUUGAUAAUUAUUAUAAUUGUUACGGGGCAGGACCGCGUCGCACCCUGGUUUUCAUGAUGUAUUUAUAAUAAUAAUAGUUUAAUACGAUUAUUAAAAGUCUACUACACAUUACUUCAUCUGUAACACGUAUUCAAACCAAACAAUAUAGCAUCUAAUAGUGUAUUAAUUUUUCUUCCUGUAAUGGUACCGAAUGAUUGAAUAUGGCUGCUGGAUUAUGACGAGGAGCAGAUUAAAGGCAGAUAACUGUUCAA